AUGCCCAAAGCCACCCUCGACUACUCGCUCUACCUCGUCACCGGCAGGGAACUGCUUCCCCCUGGCAAGGAUUACUACGAAAGCCUCGAAGAAUCUCUCCAAGGCGGUGUCACUCUCGUCCAAGUUCGAGAGAAGAACUCCGAUACCGGGGAGUUCAUCGAUGUCGCCAGAAAGACCAAGGCUAUAUGCGACAAGUACAAUGUCCCUGUCCUCAUCAAUGACCGCAUUGACGUUCAUAUUGCUGUCGGCACUGCUGGUAUCCACGUCGGCCAGAGCGAUUGCCCCAUCGGCCUUGCGCGCAGCCUGGUCGGCCCCGAUGCCAUCAUCGGUCUCUCUGUCGGUAAUGUCGCCGAAGCUCAGCGAGCCAUCCAGCAAGGCGUCGACUAUGUGGGUAUCGGAGCCGUCUGGCCCACUGGUAGCAAGGAUGUCUCGAAGAAGAAGAAGCUGGGACCCGAUGGCGUGGGUGAAAUCUUGGAUCUACUUGCUCCUACUGGGAUCCAGAGUGUCGCUAUCGGCGGUAUUCACCUCCCCAACCUUGCGCAGCUCUUGCACGCAUCCAUCGCUCCCGACUCCCGCAACGCGCUUGAUGGUGUCGCCAUCAUCUCUGACAUCGUAGCGUCCAAGACUCCUCGCGAGGCCGCUCAAAGCUUGAAAGCGGUGACAGACUCGUUCAAGCGAGCUCGUAAGCAGUAUGCCAGUCUCGAGUCUGCUUUCGGCUCGACUCUCUACAAGCCCGGGAGGAGCGUGGAAAUUUUUGUAGAGCGAGCGGUGGAGCUCAUGGGCGUGGUCAAGGACACAAACCCUUUGGUGAACCAGAUGACCAACAAUGUUGUCAUAAACGACUCCGCCAAUGUGACCCUCGCUGUCGGUGCUUCCCCAAUUAUGGCCACCCAGCCUCGAGACGUCCACGAUCUGAGCCCUGCUAUCGACGCCCUUUUGAUCAACUUUGGGACCAUUACGGACAAAGAGGGUAUGCUGGUAGCCGGCAGACAAGCGAAUGUCAACCGCAAACCCAUAGUCUUCGACCCUGUCGCUAUAGGAGCAACAGCCUAUCGCCAGGAGACAUCACUCGAGCUCUUAUCCCAUUGGCAACCGACAAUCAUCAAGGGUAACGCCGGUGAAAUCGGCUACAUGGCAAAGUCUUCUGAAGUCACGAGUAAAGGUGUGGAUGCCGCUGGGCCCGGCUUCUCUGACCCUGCAGCUAUCGUCAAAGCUCUCGCUCGAACCAGGGCUGCCAUUGUCGUUCUCACUGGGGUGCACGACUACAUCUCUGACGGCGUGACGACCCUCAAGUUGAGCAAUGGUCAUCACUAUCUCGAGUGCAUCACCGGGUCCGGCUGUCAGCUCGGAUCCAUCAUUGCCUGCUUUGCGGGUGCUGCUAGGACGACGCACAUCACCAAGCACGGGGAAGAGUGGGAGAAGGAGAGUCAGUUGGUGCAGGGUGAUAUGCUGGGCGCUGCUGUGGCCGGCGUGUUGGUGUAUACUAUAGCGGCUGAGGUUGCUGGAGUCAGGUCUGACGUGAAGGGUCCUGGGACUUUCCGUGCGGCUCUCAUCGACGAGCUGUACAACCUUACGCCGGACGUGUUGCAGGCGCGGGCGAAGAUUGAGGUGGUGUAA